GCGCUGCGUAUAUAUGCAUGCUUGCUUUUCAACGUAUAGUAACUAAGAUCAGAUCUGCAAAUAUAUAUACAUAUCGAUCAAGUUAAUGGAUCAUGUUAUCCAAACACCAUCAGAAAAACUAGACCGGAAAACUGUGGAAAGGAACCGGAGAAUUCACAUGAAAAAUCUAUGCGGAAAGCUUGUUUCUCUUAUACCUCCUCAACACCGCCAACCUGCUGCAGCAUCCAGGGAGUUGGUGUCGCAACAAGAUCAACUUGAUCAAGCAGUCACAUACAUUAAGGAGUUAAAAGAACGAGUGGAGAAACUAAAGAAGAAGACGAGGAAAUUAGUUCCGGCGGGAGAAGAAGAAGAAGAAGAAGAAAAAGAAAGGUGCAGCGGCAGCGCAUCUGCUUCGUUAAAAGCUCCGAUUCUUCAAGUUAGAGAAUUAGGUUCAAGCUUGGAAGUAAAAUUGAUAAGCUGUUGUACAACAAAUUUCAUGAUGCAUCAAGUAAUCAAGAUUGUGGAAGAAGAAGGAGGUCAAGUUGUGAGUGCAAUCUUUUCUGCCAUUGGGGAUAAGGUUUUCUAUACACUCCAUGCACAGGUAAAAGUUACUAGGUUAGGUAUGAACACUUUGGAGGUUUAUGAGAGGUUAAAAAAGCUAAUAAACAGCCAAUUGCCAGCUAGAUACUGCUCAACCUAUCCAUCCAACAAUUCAAGAAUGAAGCAGCAGCAGCAGCAAGCAACCCUGCCCUGCCCUUCUCUCAAUAUCUUGUAGUUUCCCACAGAUUCAAUCCUCAGCUCGGAAUUAUUAUUAUUAUUAUUUUAUAGACGGAUGUAAUAA